AAGAUUUAAUAUUUACUGUAUAUAUAAUUAUAUUUUGGUAUGCAUAUGGAUAUUGAAAGCUGAUUUGAUAUUUUUCAAUUUUAUAUUUUUGGCUGAUUUUAAAGCUGUAUUAGCUCUAGCCUAGAAUUUUUCGUGCAGGUUUGCAAGUUAAAUCAAACAAUAACAUGUUUUGUGCAUCAUAUGACAGAAAAGAAAAAAAUUGUGCGCUAUAUAAUAAUAAUAUAUAUAUAUUUUUUUUUCGUGUUUUAUUUAAUUUAAAUAAUAUAUAUAUAUAAUUGACUUUUUAAAAACAUAUCUAUCUAUCUAUCAGUAUUUCUAUAUGUAUAUGUAUCUCUCUCUCACUCUAUAUAUAUACACACCGCUACAUCACUGCUAUGUUUCUGUAAAAUAGUUAAAUAUUUAGUCAACCUGAAACCAUUCUGAGUAAAACAGGAUAUUUCGCAAGAAAUAACGUAGAGCGGGACGCAUUUCAUCUAACCAGAAUUGACUGGAUUGUAAAAAGUGGGCGUCACAUACCAGAAUAGAGUCUAUAGGUGGUUGAAGUUGAUGUUGAAAAACAAAGGUUUGGUGACGUCAGACUAAAAGGAAAGUUGUUUAGCCGGAGCAAGUCAAAGGUUUAGUUUUUAUAUGAAAUAACUUGCACUAAUGACUCGUAAUGACACAAUAAUACCAGGAACAAGAAAGUAAAUCGAGUCAAUUUGGCUGAGUACAGAAAUGAGUUUCUGUAAUUCUAGAUGACCACUGCUAGUUCUUGUGUAUGUGAGCGAGUCUAGUGUGUUUGUUGUUGGCUGACAUAACUGUGGCAUUAGUGCGGUGUAAAAAUAUCCUUGCCCAUAGAAAGACGUGGCUCUUUUCUCAGGGCUGGCCACUGGUCCUUCGCCCUUUCAUAAUCCCGUCAGUCGAGAGCUUGAGUCAAAUUUCAAAUGUGCCAUUAGAGACCGUUCACAACAAUAGCUCACGCAUUCCACCGCCAAAAUAAACAUCUCAACAGUUAUUAUCCCGCAUUAAUGAUGCAUACUUCCAGCUGCUCUAUAAAAAGCACAAUGUUUCACGUUGUGUUUGGUGACUUCUCUACUAUGAGCCGUGUUGUUGCAGGACCAUAUUAAAGAACAGAUGCCCCAGCAUGCUCCAGUGCAUGUCUCUUUCUCCUCUCGGCUCACACCAUCAGCCUGCUCUGACCUGGAAACGUGCAGCGGGCCGCAUUGCACACAGUCACAAAGACACAAGUGCAUCCUGUCGCCUCAUGGCACGUCACCAAAACGACUUCUGUCCCCCUUGUGCGCCUGCGUUUGUCUCUCUGGACCCGUCUCCUGCCUGCGAUCUAUCCGGGGACGACCUCUGCCAAAAUAGGCCAAGGGCAUCUCUCUUUCUCUCUUGCCGUGCGUCUUCGGCACCUUUUAUAAAUAAACUCAUUGUCGUCUACGUGCCUGCAGUUGACGGUCAGGCCAAUUAGAGAGGGCCCUCUAGGAACCCCGGGCCCCUGUCGUGCGUCAGCCUCUCAGAGACGGGGCCCCGGUGGACAGAUACCUGCCAGCGCACCCCAAACUUAGCCGACCCGCCGUGCCUUAAAAGGAAAGAGGUGCAGCUGCUCUGUGACGCUGCGCAGGCUUUGAUGUGGGCCGCGUGUGACGUUAAGCCUUCGGCAUGACGUCUAGUGAAGCAGAUCGGAUGUGUCAGGUCGGCCUGCUGGAUGAAGGAGCUGCUGCUGCUGCUCUUUGACGUGGACAAUGGCACGUCGUCAGGACGGAGUCCCCUGGAUCCCAUGACGAGUCCGGGUUCGGGCCUGAUCCUUCAGGCCAACUUUGUGCACAGCCAGCGGAGGGAAUCCUUCCUCUACCGCUCCGACAGCGACUAUGAUCUGUCGCCGAAGUCGAUGUCCCGAAACUCCUCCAUAGCCAGUGACAUGAAUAACCACCUGCCGAGGCCGGGCCUGGUCUCUCGGAGAUCUGAGCCGGUUAUUAGUGGAAAUCAUGGAGAUGACCUCAUCGUUACACCGUUUGCACAGGUGCUGGCUAGUUUGAGGACGGUACGGAAUAACUUUGCAGCGUUAACCAACCUCCAGCAAGAUCGAACGUCCAACAAGCGAUCCCCCAUGUGUAAUCAGCCUCCUCUCUCAAAGGCCUCCUUCACAGAGGAGGCCUACCAGAAACUGGCCACCGAGACCCUGGAGGAGCUGGACUGGUGCCUGGACCAGCUGGAGACCCUGCAGACCCGACACUCCGUCAGCGAGAUGGCCUCCAACAAGUUCAAGCGGAUGUUGAACAGGGAGUUAACGCACCUGUCUGAGAUGAGCAGAUCUGGUAACCAGGUCUCAGAGUUCAUCUCCAACACAUUUUUAGACAAACAGCACGAUGUGGAAAUGCCCACCCCGCAGACGCAGAAGGAGAAGGAUAAGAAGAAAAAGCCCAUGUGUCAGAUCAGCGGGGUGAAAAAACUCAUGCACAGCACCAGCCUCACCAAUUCCAACAUCCCUCGCUUCGGGGUCAAGACAGAUACAGAAGACUCCUUAGCCAAGGAACUGGAGGACAUAAACAAAUGGGGCCUUAAUGUUUUUAAAGUCACAGAGUUUUCAGGCAACCGGCCUUUAACGGUGAUGAUGUACACUAUAUUUCAGGAAAGGGAUUUACUCAAAACAUUUAAAAUUCCCUUGGACACUUUCAUAACGUACCUGAUGACCUUAGAAGACCAUUAUCAUGCUGAUGUUGCGUAUCACAAUAACAUUCACGCUGCUGACGUCACCCAGUCCACACACGUGCUGCUCUCCACGCCUGCUCUGGAGGCGGUUUUCACAGACCUUGAAAUUCUCGCUGCCAUUUUCGCCAGUGCUAUUCACGACGUAGACCACCCGGGUGUCUCCAACCAGUUCCUUAUUAACACCAACUCUGAGUUGGCCCUCAUGUACAAUGACUCGUCGGUGCUGGAAAACCAUCAUCUGGCAGUGGGCUUCAAACUCCUGCAGGAGGAGAACUGUGACAUCUUCCAGAACCUGAACAAAAAACAGAGACAAUCGCUGCGCAAGAUGGUCAUCGACAUCGUCUUGGCGACUGAUAUGUCCAAACACAUGAACCUGCUGGCCGAUCUGAAGACCAUGGUCGAGACCAAGAAGGUCACCAGUUCUGGAGUCUUGCUCUUGGAUAACUACUCAGAUAGGAUACAAGUGCUUCAGAACAUGGUUCACUGUGCGGACCUCAGUAAUCCCACCAAACCCCUGCAGCUGUACAAACAGUGGACGGACCGCAUCAUGGAGGAGUUCUUCAGUCAGGGUGAUCGAGAGAGAGAGCGAGGGAUGGAGAUCAGCCCCAUGUGUGACAAACACAACGCCUCUGUAGAGAAGUCUCAGGUGGGCUUCAUUGACUACAUCGUGCACCCGCUGUGGGAGACGUGGGCCGAUCUCGUACACCCGGACGCCCAGGACAUCCUGGACACGUUAGAGGACAACAGAGAGUGGUACCAGAGCACCAUCCCACAGAGCCCGUCGCCCGCUCCCGACCAGCUCGAGGAGGGCAGCCGCUCCGCCGGAGCAGAGAAGUUCCAGUUUGAACUGACGCUGGAGGAGGACGGAGAAUCGGACACGGAGAAAGACAGCGGCAGCCAGGCUGAGGAGGAGGAGGAGGAGGAGGAGGAUGAUGAAGAAGAGGAGGAGGACAACAGCUGUAGUGAUUCCAAAACUCUCAUCACGCAGGACUCGGAAUCCACGGAGAUUCCGGAAGCGGAGGAGGGAAUUUCAGAGGAGGUUUCCACAGAACCCAGCAUGGUGGAGGAGGAGGAGGAGGAGGAGGAAGAGGAAGAGGAGGACGAUGAGGAAGACGAGGAGGAACAGCCGGCAGACACGUAGCAGCGUGUCCGGACGGCCCGAACUAGCAAAUAUUUAAUAACAGACAAUGAAAUUGAGUUCCAAAGCGCACGUUGCACUCCGAGACCUCGGCCACUCCUCUCUCGCUCUCUCUUUCUCUUUUCCGUCUCUCUACGAGCUGCCUGGAGACGAGAGGACACUAAGACUUCGGUAGGUUGUCGUUUUAUUUGCACUCAGGAAUAAUAUUUAGUCCUCUGUUUUUUCAAGCUUGGUUUUGUUUACCUUCGCCCUCCUCCUCCUCCUCCUCCUCUUCCUCCGUGAUUCUCUGUGGACGACAGUGAGGAAAUUCCCUGCACAAAGCAAUCGGAGGAGAUCGACGCAUCAACGCGUUUCCUUGGAUUUCAAAGAGACCUUAUUUUCUACGUUUUAAGUCUUCCUAAACUUUUGACUGAGAAAAAUUUCACAAAAGACAAAAAAAAAAAAAACAGCCCAGAGCUGUCAUGGCCUCUUCGAUGAUUUUGUACGGUAUACAUACAGAUUUUUACAUAGUUACUUUUUAAAUAACAAAACAGCAGCUGUUGCGUUUUCGGGGAAACUUUGCGCGAAGGGUAACUUGCAAGUACGCGACGUGGGUCGUGCGUUCGCCCUCCAUGUUCACAUCACUGCUGUCACACACCCUCCUUUCAGAAGCUGUAUUUACGUUGUUAUUGUCUUUUUUACUUCGUCAAACACUUUACCUCCAACGAGCCUCUUAACACACCUACAGAUGCUUUAUGUGCGUUCAUUUCUGAUUUAUUUCUGCCUUGUUUUGGAGCAGUUAUAUCAGCAACACUGCACUUGAA